CUUCAUGAAGCGAGCAUGUAGAUCAGUUGAGAUCGGGACACGCACAGGAUCGCUGUAUGGUCGAAUGCAUGAGCGAAUGAUCAUGUGUGAUCGCAAUGCAUCUCUGCUGUAGCUGGUACAUGCAAAUCAAAGCCCUGAACAUGGCAGAGCUGAUGCGUACAUGAGCCGAACACUCAAAUCAACGCCUUAAAGGUGCUGCGCACUUACAGGAUUGAUCGGAUUGGUGUGUGAUCGAUCAAUGAGGAUCUGAAUCAUGUCAAGCGGACAGGACGAGAGCACAGUCCGGGUGGCGCUCAGGAUUCGUCCUCAGCUGGCAAAAGAAAAGAUUGAGGGAUGUCACAUCUGCACAUUUGUGACCCCUGGCGAACCCCAGGUGGUUCUGGGAAAGGACAAGGCCUUCACGUAUGACUAUGUGUUUGACAUGGACUCAACGCAGGACACCAUCUAUGCCAACUGCACUGAGAAACUCAUCGAAGGAUGCUUUGAGGGUUAUAAUGCCACUAUAUUUGCCUACGGACAGACAGGGUCAGGGAAGACGUAUUCGAUGGGGACGGGCUUUGACGUGGCCAUACCAGACGAGGAGCUGGGCAUCAUCCCACGGGCGGUCAGUCACCUAUUUAAAGGCAUCGAGCAGAGACGCCAGGCUGCCGCAGAUCAGGGUCGACCCGUCCCAGAGUUCAAGAUCAGCGCGCAGUUUCUGGAGUUGUAUAAUGAGGAGGUGUUGGAUCUUUUCGACACCACGCGUGACUUGGAGAUGAGGAAGCAGAAAUCGCACAUUAAAAUCCACGAGGAUGCCAAUGGCGGCAUCUACACCGUAGGCGUGACAACACGCACAGUCUCCUCAGAGGCAGAAAUGAUGCAGUGUCUGAAGCUGGGCGCUCUCUCCCGCACCACUGCUAGCACUCAGAUGAAUGUACAGAGUUCUCGAUCUCACGCCAUCUUCACCAUUCACAUCUGUCAAGUGCGGGUUUGUGCACCGGGGGAAAACCCCCCAGAGGAGGAUAGCGAAACAGACAAUCGACUGGCCAACAGCUCGUCUGAGAUGGAAGAGUUUGAAACACUCACAGCCAAGUUUCACUUUGUGGAUCUGGCUGGAUCAGAGAGACUCAAGAGGACGGGGGCCACAGGGGACCGAGCCAAAGAGGGCAUCUCCAUUAACUGUGGAUUGCUGGCAUUAGGGAAUGUCAUCAGUGCUUUAGGAGACAGAAGCAAACGAUCAACGCAUGUGCCUUACCGAGACUCCAAACUCACUCGCCUUCUGCAGGAUUCACUGGGCGGAAACAGUCGUACAGUGAUGAUCGCCUGCAUCAGCCCAUCAGAUCAGGACUUCAUGGAAACCCUGAACACACUGAAGUACGCCAACAGAGCACGCAACAUCAAGAACAGGGUGGUGGUGAACCAGGACAAGGCCAGUCAGCAGAUCAGUGCACUUAGGACGGAGAUUGCCCGACUGCAGAUGGAGCUCAUGGAGUACAGAACGGGGAAGCGUAUGGUUGGAGAGGAUGGGCUGGAAAGCAUCAACGACAUGUUCCAUGAGAACUCAAUGCUGCAGAUAGAGAACAAUAAUCUGCGCAUGCGUGUGAAGGCCAUGCAGGAAGCCAUCGACGCUCAGGGCGCUCGACUCACACAGCUGCUGAGUGAACAGGCCAAUCAGGUGCUCUCCAGAGCAGGUGAAGGCAGUGAGGAGAUUGGAAAUAUGAUUCAGAAUUACAUCAAGGAGAUUGAGGAUCUCAGAGCCAAACUUCUGGAGAGUGAAGCAGUGAAUGAAAACCUGAGGAGAAACCUCACGCGAGCGUCCAGCCGUCCUCCGUUUUACGCAUCUUCUGGAACCUUUUCUCCGGCCCUGCUGGGGCCCGACCCGAGCCAAGAGACCUCUGACAUCAUUGAGAUCGCCAAGAAAGAUCUGGAGAAACUGAAGAGGAAGGAGAAGAAGAAAAAGAAGAGACUCCAGCAGCUGCUGAGCGACAAGAAAGAGGAGGAUGAGGAGGAAGAGGUGGAGGAAGACAGUGCCAACAAAGAUGAAACACCUGAGGGCGAACAGAAGAUUGGCGAGAGAGAGCAGUUAGAAUCGACCAAUCAAGAGCCAGAGAUGGAGACCAGUGACCGUGAGGAGGGGGAUGGAGAGGAAGAUGAGGAGGAAGUUGAGGAAGAGGAAAUGGAUGCUGAGGAGAGCUCUGACGAGUCUGACUCUGACCUGGAUGAGAAGGAGGACUUCCAAGCAGAUCUGGCCAACAUCACGUGUGAGAUCGCCAUCAAGCAGAAGCUGAUCGAUGAGCUUGAGAACAGUCAGAGACGUCUGCACACGCUCAAACAACAAUAUGAGCAGAAACUCAUGAUGCUGCAGUGCAAAAUCAGAGACACGCAGCUGGAGCGAGAUCGUGUACUGCAAAACAUGGGCUCAGUGGAGUCAUGCUCUGAGGACAAGACCAAACGGAUAAAAGCAGAGUACGAGAAGAAACUCAGUGUCAUGAACAAAGAGCUCCAUAAACUCCAGGCGGCUCAGAAGGAACACGCUCGCCUACUGAAGAACCAAUCUCAGUACGAGAAACAACUGAAGAAACUACAGCUGGAUCUGGCAGAAAUGAAGAAAACCAAAGUGCGUCUGAUGAAGCAGAUGAAGGAGCAGCAGGAGAAGAGCAGGAUGGCAGAAUCCCGCAGGAACCGAGAGAUCGCCACACUGAAAAAGGACCAGCGCAAACAGGAGCAUCAGCUAAAACUGCUCGAAGCUCAAAAGCGACAACAGGAACUUAUUCUGCGAAGGAAGACUGAGGAGGUGACCGCUUUGAGAAGACAGGUGCGACCCAUAUCAGGAAAGGUCACACGAAAGGUGAAUCUGCCAGAGACAAGCCAGGACCUCUCUCACAGACCACCCGCAGGUCGCACAUACUCGGCCUCAGGGGCACCUAAUGGAACCAGAUUAUACCAUCGCAGACCGGUUGGAAUAUACUCUACUCGAGUGGCUCGUGGGAAAUGGCAGAGUCUGGAACGCCGUAUCUCCGAUAUUAUCAUGCAGCGCAUGACCAUUUCCAACAUGGAGACAGACAUGAAUCGUCUUCUAAAGCAACGUGAAGAGCUGACGCGCCGGCGGGACAAGAUCAGCAGGAAGAGGGAGAGACUGCUGGCGGAAGAACCGGAGGUAGAAAAAGACGUUCAGUCUCUGAAUGAGGAGCUGGAGUCUCUGCUGGCCAACAUCGACUACAUCAAUGACAGCAUCUCUGACUGCCAGGCCAACAUCAUGCAGAUGGAGGAAGCAAAGGAGGAAGGUGAUGCUGUUGAUGUUUCGGCUGUGGUUGGUUCCUGCACUCUGACUGAAGCUCGAUUCCUACUGGACCAUUUUAUGUCCAUGGCCAUCAACAAGGGUCUGCAGGCUGCCCAGAAGGAAUCUCAGAUAAAGGUGUUGGAGGGGCGUCUUAAGCAAACUGAGAUCAACAGUGCCACUCAAAACCAGCUGCUCUUCCACAUGCUGAAAGAGAAGGCAGAGUUUAACCCAGAACUUGAUGCAUUGUUGGGGAAUGCUCUGCAAGAACUAGGUAACAUGCCCUUGGAAAAUGGAGAUGAUAGUAGUAGUGACGAAUCAACCCCAAGUCCUGCAGUGGAAGGAAACACCCUGGCCUCAGACCUCAUGAAGUUAUGUGGUGAGACUAAAUCUAGGACUAAGGCACGAAGAAGGACCACUACUCAGAUGGAGUUACUCUAUGUAAACAACUGUGAUUCUGGCCCGGACACACCAACAAGAGACUUCUCUGUCCCUCUACACCCAAUGGCUGAGACAUCCGAGGGAGCCGGAGACCUGGAGUCAGCUGGAAAUACAGUUAGAGAUCGUGACUACAUGCUCCCUCCUGCUGGCUUGUCCUCUAGAAUGGGUAGCAUUAGCAGCUCUGGCAACAGACUUCCAGCAGGUGGGCAAAAGAGAGUCCCGGAACCAUCCCCUCUGUCUCGCAGGAAGACUUAUGACAAGGGACAAGCCCUGGCUGACAAGGCCAAAGCCAAAGAGAUCACACAAGGUGUGAUCAACCCUGUUCCUGUGUUGAAGAGCAGUCGUGGCGGCUCUCUGCAGUGUGUUCAUAUAGCCGAGGGUCACAGUAAAGCUGUAUUGUGUGUCGACUCUACAGAUGACCUACUCUUCACCGGGUCAAAAGACCGAACAUGUAAGGUGUGGAACCUGGUCACAGGACAGGAGAUCAUGUCUCUAGGUGGCCACCCCAACAACGUGGUAUCUGUGCGUUACAGCUCUAGUCUGGUGUUCACAGUCUCCACCUCCUACAUCAAAGUCUGGGACAUUCGAGACUCCGCAAAGUGCAUCCGGACACUCACAUCGUCAGGUCUGGUAAACACGGGUGACACAUGUGCCGCCAGUACGAACCGCACCGUGACCAUCCCAGCCGGUGAGAACCAGGUCAACCAGAUCUUUCUUAACCCGUCUGGAACCGUUCUCUACACUGCUGCAGGCAACUCUGUUCGUGUGUGGGACCUGAGACGAUUUGUGUGUACGGGGAAGCUAACGGGUCAUCUGGGUCCGGUCAUGUGCUUGACUGUUGAUCAGACUGGAAAUGGACAGGAUCUAGUUAUCACAGGCUCUAAGGAUCACUAUAUCAAGAUGUUUGAUGUGACAGAGGGUGCUGUGGGUAGCAUUAGCCCUACUCAUAACUUCGAGCCACCCCACUAUGAUGGCAUCGAGUCCCUGGUGGUUCAGGGAGACUGUCUGUUUAGCGGCUCUAGAGACAACGGGAUUAAGAAAUGGGACCUGACCCGCAAGGACCUACUACAGCAGGUACCCAACGCUCAUCGUGACUGGGUUUGUGCUCUGGGAGUCGUGCCGGCGUCUCCCAUCCUGCUGAGCGGCUGUAGAGGAGGAGUUCUCAAACUCUGGCACACGGACACCCUGAGUCCGCUGGGAGAACUCCGAGGCCAUGAGAGCCCCAUCAACAGCAUCUCUACCAACAGCAGUCAUCUGUUUACCGCAUCAGAUGACCGCACAGUGAAGAUCUGGCGUGCGAGACCAAGUCUGGACGGCGCCGCAGAUGUGGCCGACGCGAUUGACGAGGGCGUCAGUAACUGAUGACUCUUUCAAAGCCAACCCAACUGCAGUGUUACUACGGUAACGCAGCUGCCAAAGACAUUUGCACUUUGACCCCACUAAUAAAACAUGGAUAUCCAGUUGACUCUUUGGCAUCCAACACACAGAAUCUACUCGAAUCGGAAUCUUUUCACUAUGGUUCUUUUGGACGUUUCCCAGACUACACUGCGUCUUUAGUGAUGCCCCACAAUUAGGCGAAGUCGACGUCACAUGCUAAACAAAGCUCUUGUCCUUACAAUAACCAUGUCAGCUCGGUUAAUUCUAACAAUCAAGAAGAUGGCACUGAAAACAGUCAUGUUUGACGUAGAGUCCUGUUUGAGGAAGAGGAACCAGAUCUCCUGUAGCUGGCUUCAGUAUUCUGGUUUAUGGAAAUGGACAGAAUCUAAGGACUAACUGGGUGAAUCUCACUGUAACAAAUCCAGGUCAUAGUUCACCUCAAAAUAUUUUUAAAAAGUCAUCUAUCUGUCUAUCUAUCUAUCUAUCUAUCUAUCUAUCUAUCUAUCUA